CUCUGGGCCUGCGGGAGGGGGAGCGUGGAUGGAGCGCGCGCCUGGCAGUGACGUCAGUGUGCGCCCUGCGGCUCCCCCCCCCUCCGCCUCGGGGCCCCGGAACGCUGCGGAGGGGCUGCGUUCUAUUGGCGGAACGUCGGCGAUUGAUGCGUCCCGAGUCUCCCGCGCCAGGGCGCUGCGGCCGCGGCCCUCUCCCCCCCGCCGGGGCAGGCUGCGUUCCCCGGCCUCUGCCGUAGGUGCCUGUAAGGCCCAGCUCUUCCUGGAUCCCGGGUUUUCGUAGCAGCAGUUCGGUGUGUUGUAACGGGUGUUUUCCAGCCGCAGUGUAUGUGCCUGUGUGGGUCUGGCCAGCCCUUGUUUUCCUGGUGGUGAGAAGAGAGGAGCAUGGCAGCCUCUGGGUCAGAAAAAAGCAACAAGAAGAAAACAGAGAAGAAACUCGCCGCCCGAGAAGAAGCUAAGCUGUUGGCAAGCUUUAUGGGAGUCAUGAAUACCAUGCGCAAACAGAAAACUCUCUGUGAUGUCGUUCUCAUGGUUCAGGAAAGAAAGAUUCCAGCCCACCGAGUUGUGCUUGCUUCAGCCAGUCACUUUUUUAACUUGAUGUUUACUACAAAUAUGCUUGAAUCAAAGUCCUUUGAAGUGGAGCUAAAGGAUGCAGAGCCUGACAUUAUUGAACAGCUUGUGGAAUUUGCUUAUACUGCAAGGAUUUCUGUUAACAGCAAUAAUGUCCAGUCUUUACUAGAUGCUGCAAAUCAGUAUCAAAUUGAACCUGUGAAAAAAAUGUGUGUGGAUUUUUUGAAAGAGCAAGUUGAUGCUUCAAAUUGUCUUGGUAUAAGUGUGUUAGCAGAAUGCCUAGACUGUCCAGAACUGAAAGCCACAGCAGAUGACUUCAUCCAUCAGCACUUCACUGAAGUGUACAAAACAGAUGAGUUCCUACAGCUUGAUGUUAAGCGUGUUACACAUCUUCUGAACCAGGACACCCUGACUGUGCGGGCAGAAGAUCAGGUUUAUGAUGCAGCAGUCAGGUGGCUGAAAUACGAUGAACCUAAUCGCCAGCCAUACAUGGUUGACAUUCUUGCUAAAGUCAGAUUUCCUCUCAUAUCGAAAAAUUUCUUAAGUAAAACUGUUCAGGCGGAACCACUUAUUCAGGAUAACCCUGAGUGCCUUAAAAUGGUGAUCAGUGGAAUGCGAUAUCACCUUCUGUCUCCAGAGGACAGAGAAGAGCUAGUAGAGGGUACAAGACCACGAAGGAAAAAACAUGAUUAUCGCAUUGCUUUGUUUGGAGGCUCACAGCCACAGUCCUGCAGAUACUUUAAUCCAAAGGAUUAUAGCUGGACAGACAUCCGAUGUCCCUUUGAAAAGCGCAGAGAUGCAGCUUGUGUCUUCUGGGACAACGUAGUUUAUAUUCUGGGUGGUUCCCAGCUCUUCCCUAUAAAGCGAAUGGACUGCUACAAUGUGGUGAAGGAUAGCUGGUAUUCCAAACUAGGACCUCCAACACCUCGAGAUAGCCUUGCAGCCUGUGCUGCUGAGGGCAAAAUUUAUACAUCUGGUGGUUCAGAAGUGGGAAAUUCUGCUCUGUAUUUAUUUGAAUGUUAUGAUACAAGAACAGAAAGCUGGCACACAAAGCCUAGCAUGCUGACUCAACGUUGCAGUCAUGGCAUGGUGGAAGCAAAUGGUCUCAUUUAUGUAUGUGGAGGAAGCUUGGGAAACAAUGUUUCUGGAAGGGUCCUUAAUUCCUGUGAAGUUUAUGAUCCAGCCACUGAAACAUGGACUGAAUUAUGCCCAAUGAUUGAAGCUAGGAAGAAUCAUGGGUUGGUGUUUGUGAAAGACAAAAUAUUUGCUGUGGGUGGACAAAAUGGUUUAGGUGGCCUGGACAAUGUGGAAUAUUAUGAUAUUAAGAUGAAUGAAUGGAAGAUGGUGUCACCAAUGCCAUGGAAGGGUGUAACAGUGAAAUGUGCUGCUGUGGGUUCUAUAGUGUACGUCUUGGCUGGCUUCCAGGGUGUGGGUCGAUUAGGGCACAUCCUUGAGUAUAACACCGAAACAGACAAAUGGGUAGCCAACUCCAAAGUCCGUGCUUUCCCAGUGACAAGUUGUUUAAUCUGUGUUGUUGACACUUGUGGAGCAAAUGAAGAGACUUUAGAGACCUGAAGACCUUCAUGAGAUUUUGGGAUAUUCUUCAUUUGGAAAAGAUGGCCAUCGGUGCUUUGCUUCUGCAUUUUAUUACAUCUUGUUAAACUGAAUAAUCUGAAAAAAAUGAUACAGUCCUUGAAUUUGUAUAUACCGUAUGUAUCAAAUGUGGAUUUACUCAUGCCAGUUUUACAGUUUGUUUGAAAACAUGGGAUGUAUUUCAAGAAUCCACUAAACUAGCUGAGAGCAAAUAUGCUCUCUUGAAGAGACAUGUGUGGCCUUGUCAGAAAUAAAUCCAAUUUACUUUUAAAAAAAUUAGAGUAUUGGAGGAAGAACGAAACUUUAGCUAAACUGUACAUCUCAACUUGGAUACAGAGGUCCUUCAGGUCACAAAGGUGAGUGAAUAUAGCUUGGAUUCUGAGUGUAUAUGAGUCUGUUCAUACAGUUUCAUUUCUAAUGCAUAUUGCACAACAGCCAUGCUAGAGUAUGAUAAAGUCUGUUCAGAAAAAAAAGAAAAAUAAAGAAAGAGAGACAUGAAAGAGGAUAAAGUAUUAUGGAUUAGGAUUGACAUACCCAGUGGAAGUAGCAUUCAGAGCGGAGCACCUGUGUAUAAUGGCUGGCUCUUUCCAAUGAGAUUUUAUUUAUAUAUAGAGAUCGCUCGCUCGCUCGCUCACUCGCUCACUCUGUGUGUGUGUGUGUGUGUGUGUGUGUGUGUGUGUGUGUGGAGAGAGAGAUCUUUUACUUUCAAUGUGUAUUAACUUAAAAAUCAGAUGGGCCAACAUGUGGGUUAUAGAAACACUUGCUAAUGACCAAAUGCUUGGUUUAGCAUUUGGGGGGUUUAUAUAGAAAGAUUCCUGACACAUCACAGAACUGAGAAUCUUUAUUUUUAUUGCUUAAUUAUAUUCACUACAUUAGUAAUAUUGCACUGUACUAGCAGGUUGGAAAUUAGGGAUUGGUUCCCAAUCUGUCUUCCCAGGCAAGUGAAUUAUACACAUUAUGGAGACCAGACUGUUAGUAAGAACUCAAGUAGGGGAAGGUAAAUUUGCUGUAUUGACUUUCUUCCAGUUAGGAUUUCAUUUAAAAAAUGGUAUAAACAUGAAUUCUUCUAAUUUUGUUGAAGAGGUGUAGAUGGUAUAAUUCAGGCUUGUUGGUUAACUUUUUUUUUUUUUUUAUUGAUCUCAGUCAACACUGAGGGACCUCAGUCACCAAAAAUACUUUUUCCUACUUGCUGUAAACAGCAGUGUUUUUUCUUUAAGUUUGUGAAAGGUCUCUGUACCCUUCAUUUUAUCACCUCCUCUAUAAAAUGAUAAUUAUUUAGGCCUCUUCUAUUUGGGCUGCCAAGAAAACAUUUUUAAAAUAUAUAUAUUUUGGUGUAUGUUUGCUUGUACCUUUUCUGUGGAUUCUGGAUUUUUCUUUCUGGUAGGGAAUGUCCAGAGGCUGCUCUUAAAUUCUAAAUGAAAUUAGUAAAAUUUGAGUUUCCAAAUCUUGCUGUCAUUUUCUAGACUUUCUACUAUGUUUGUUUUUUGUUUUUUUUUUUAUCAUAACAGCUUCAUUCAUGGAAAAUUUGUGAGGCUGUUGGAAUUUUCUUUCCCCCAGAUGCUUAUACAAUAGAAAUUGGAAGCAGUGCAAUACUUUAGUAACUGCUCUGCCCUUUUAACUACUAAGUGAACCAUGAAAAAUUCCUUGUCAUCAGUAUGUUGAACCUGUGUGUGCACUAAAGUAUUGCACAGAUUUGGAUUAUAGUCUACAUUUCUAGGUUGUAUAGACGGUUGAUAUAUUUUUUUUAAUACAGUUGGUGCUUUGUUUUUAAAUAGCGAGGCACAUUUUUCUAACUUUAUUUUCAAGGAAUUGAAGACGUUUUUCUGAAAACUACUGAGAAAUUUAAAAAGACAAAGAGUGAAAGGAGUUGAGAGAAUUUGACUGUCACGGAGCAUGCAUAGACUUAAUUCAUCCUCAUGGGAUGUAUAGUUGGACCUGCUGCCCGUGACUCAGUUUUUCCAGAAGAUUCAUCCAUGCUUAUUUGUGGGGCGGUUGUGGGAGGGAACCUCAAUAUUUUAUAUACCUUGAAAACAGUGAUGCUCUUGUUCAAAUGCAUCUAUUAGAUGUUGCUAUUGCUAAUUUUCCUUACUUGGGAUUUUCACACCCUGUAUUCUGGGUUGUAGUAUAGAAUGUGCUGCAUCUGGUUCAUUGUCUUAAUUAUUGGUAUCCAGUAUUUGGGCAUUAUUCACAAUGCAAAACAAUUCUUAGCUCAUCCAGCGUCUCCAAAACUUGUGUGAAGAUAAAUCCUGCUACUGACGACCUUGUUCCGUCUCACCAAUGCUCUUUGGUAGUUUGACAGAAGUGGUGCAAAUACCUCAGUGAGGCUUGUGGCUCAGUAAACUUUAAUAAAAAAUUUUUCCUGCAGAUGUA